AUGUCGGCUCUAAGCAGCUGGGAGCUUUGCCUCAAGUACGCACUCUUCAUCUUCAAUUUCGUCUUCUGGCUGGCAGGUACGGGGGUGCUGGCUGUGGGCCUCUGGCUGCGUUUUGACACCAGGACAGAGGGACUGUUUUCAGGAGACGAGUCGCCUACAGUCUUCUUCACCGGUGUGUACAUCCUGAUUGCGGCGGGGGCUCUGAUGAUGGUGGUGGGCUUCCUGGGAUGCUGCGGAGCCAUGAAGGAGUCGCCGUGCAUGCUGGGAUUGUUCUUCUUCUUCCUGUUCCUCAUCUUCGCUGUGGAGGUGGCUGCUGGGAUCUGGGGCCUCUCCAACAAGGACAGGGUGGUGGAGGAUGUUACUGAGUUUUAUAAGCAGACCUACAACAACUACAAGGACACGAAACAGGAAGCACUGAAGGAGACGCUGCGUCUCAUCCACUUCGGACUGGACUGCUGCGGGCCCACAGGAACGGUGAUCGAUGCCGCUAAAGAUAUCUGCCCCAAGAAGGAAGGACUGGAGGUCCUCAUCACCACGAGUUGUCCGGCUGCCAUCGACGAGAUGUUCAACACCAAACUGCACAUUAUCGGAGGGGUGGGCAUUGGUAUCGGGAUCAUCAUGAUCUUUGGGAUGAUCUUCAGCAUGAUGCUCUGCUGUGCUAUUAAGAAGUCCCGGGACUUUGUCUGAACAAAAAAAAACCUGUGUUAAAUGUAUGUCUUCCCACACAACGGCUUAAGAGUUUAAAUCUGUUUAAUGAUCAUAACAGUCAUAUUAUAGUUUACUACCCGGAUCCAUACAGGAUGACCAUUCUGCGACAGUAUGGAUCCUCUUCAGUUGUUUGCUCUUCUUCUCUUUGGGUACAAAUGUAAUUAAUUUGCCCGGGAAAUUGAACACUUUUUAUUCUAGUACCAAUUAUAAUAAAUGUGCUACUUUUCAGUUUCACAGAGAGCAUGUCCGCACUACUUUUAAAGACGUUGCUGCCCUCUGGAGGACGUUGAAGAAAGAAUUUAGAAUAGUAUCGGAUCAAUUUAUGUAAAAUAUGUAUAACAUUGCCUGUGGUUGGUUUGUAAUCUGUAACAGGCUUUUUAUUUUGCAGCUAACUGGUUUUACUUUGUAUUUUAUGUUUGCCUGAAUUUACAUGAAUUUUGAUUUUUAUAAACGCAGAACUGUGGAGUUUUAUGCAAAUAUUUUUUGAUGAAUGCAGUUCAAAUGUAUCCUUAAAAUGCCAAAUAAAUUAACGAAUAACCACUG